AUGGAAUCUAGACAGAAGGAGGGAAAGGAGGGAAAGGAGGGAAAAUACGGGAUGGCUGUGUAUCGGUUGACCUAUGGGCAGACGGACUCUGAAUGGACAGAAUUCGUUGAUAAAGUGGAAGCUCAUGUUUCGGAUUGGGAUAAAGGACACGCAGGAAGCAGCGCUAUCAAAGAGAAUCUCACGUUGUAUUGGUUGGAUGGGACGAAAUUGGGUAUUUCCGAAGGCGAUGUCGAUGCAUCAAAGGAAAAUUUCAAAAACAGCAGCGACGACUCGUCACAGCUAGAAGACGGCGCUUUUCUUGUCGUUGAUUCCGCGUCCUUUGCCUCAUACAUGACCAAAUCUUACAGUCCCGCGACAUCCCAGCUCAUUCCUGGUGAAUUUGCCGGCUUCCUUCUCGCCGUUGAUCCAGAAUUUGACCCAGAGGAGGGCAUCACACGACCCGACGAGUCUCCAGGCUACAACGACCAGAUACGAAUCCUCGGAAGCCUUGUGUGGAGAGAUCUCUAUUCCCUACUAUGUUCGCAAACAUCGUACCUCGAAGACCACUGGCCUUUAGCAAGUAGGUAG